GAGCCUCACCGAUACCGGCCGGGUACUGUCGCGCUGCGAGAGAUCCGCAAGUACCAGAAGACCACGGGGUUGCUGAUCAGGAAGCUGCCUUUCUCCCGAUUGGUUCGCGAGAUCAGCAACACCAUGUUGCGGGAGCCGUUCAGGUGGACGGCUGAGGCGCUGCUGGCGCUGCAGGAGGCCAGUGAGGACAUGCUGGUUCACCUGCUGGAGGAUUGCAACCUCUGUGCGAUACACGCCAAGAGGGUGACAAUCAUGCCCAAGGACAUGCAGCUCGCACGGCGCAUCCGAGGACCCGUCUACGGCAUCUCCAGCAACUAA